AUGAUAACAAAGUGCAUUACCCUGGUACUGCCGGUACUUUUUUAUUACGCAAAUUGCGAAAUAAACAUUCUGGGCUACAUCGACUAUAGAACCGAAGUUCUAAAUGAGACCGUUUCAUCCUUAUGCGUUCUCAAAGAAGCGAUAUCGAGGAUAAAUGUAACUAGAAUCGAAAUUAAGAACCAAGAAAUUCCGGUUUUUGCCAAAAAUGAAUUGAACGGUACCAAAAUUAGAGAAUUAUCUUUCAUUUCUGAUAAAAUCACCGACCUGGAACCCGGAGCUUUAGACGGAUCCUCAAUUGAAUCCCUGUAUUUCCCCGGAAAUAGAAUAAAAACUUUGAAGAAAGGAGUGUUAAAUCAAAAAACAUUCCAGACGCUUUCUUUCGAGAUAAAUCAAAUUUCAGAAAUCGAAGAAGACGCUUUUGAAAAUUUGGUAGUCGACGAUCUGAAUUUAGAGCACAACGAAUUAACGAAAAUUACUGCCAAAACUUUCAGAAGAAUUACAGUUUCUGCUAUCAGACUAGGAUUUAACAAAAUUAAAGAACUCGAUGAACUGGCGUUUCAAGGUACUGCUCCACUGAAAUUGCUCUAUAUUAACGACAAUGAAAUUGAAGACAUUGGAAAAACCUUCAACAACUUACCUAGAAUAGAGCUAUUAGAUUUAGACAACAACAAAAUCAAGACACUUGCACCAGACAGCUUUCAAUAUUCCAAUAUUUCCUGGAUACUAUUAGUUCAGAACCAAAUUACAGAAAUUAAAAAUGGCGUUUUUAACAACUUGCCUUUCAAUUUUAUUGGUUUGUCUGGUAAUCAAAUUUUCAAAAUCGAAAAUGGCGCUUUUUCACAAUCACCAGAUUUGAAGUAUCUAUUUUUAUCCGACAACAAACUUGGGGAUCUGAAGAAAAAUUCCCUUGGAGGAUUAAGAGGAAAAUUAGAAGUUCUGGAGAUCAACAGAAAUGGUAUUUCAAAUAUCGAGCCUGGAGUUUUUGAAAAUUUUGAAUUUAAACAAUUGAUCCUUAAUAACAACACAUUAAAGAUUAUUAAAAAAGGAAUCUUUAAAAAUGUUAAAGUACUUAAUCUACAACUAAUCCAAAACGAAAUCACUGAUAUAGAAAUUGGCGCUUUUGAUGAACACAUUGAGAAUAUCGACCUCAGUGGUAAUCAUCUAAAGGAAAUUAAAAGAGGAAUGUUCGGAACUUCACUAAAAAACGUCGUUUUAAGACAGAAUGAGAUAAGUGAACUCGAUAGAGACCUUUAUACUAUUAAUGAUACUAUAGAUUCUUUUAAUUUACAAGAAAAAGAAGAAGAGUUGAUGUGUGAAGAUAGUGAAGUGUCAAAUGUCCCGUCAAAUGUCAACUCAAAUAUUGAAGUGAAAUUGAAAGAAUAA